AUGUCCUACAACACCAACGGCGAGCCCAACAAGACCACCGGCCAGUACCACUCCGUGAAGGGCAACGUCGUCGAGACGAUCGGCAACCUCACCGGUGCCUCCACCUGGACGCAGUCCGGCAAGGAGGAGCACGCCCAGGGCGAGACCGAGUACAAGGCCGCCCAGGCCAAGGGCUACGCGGAAGGCACCAUGGACCGCGUCGGCGGCAAGAAGGACGCCGUCGUCGGCGCCGUCACCGGCGACCGCUCGCACGCUCGCAGGAGGCUGCAGGUGUGCAACGUCCGUCAUGACAAGGGCGAGACGCAGCAGGAGUUCAACAAGAACGCCUAA